GUAGAAUGGCUUGCCUCCAGAAGUUGUGAGUGCUCCAACACUGGAUGUUUUUAAGAAGAAAUUGAACAAACACUUGUCUGAAAUGGUGUAGGGUCUCCUGCUUGAGCGAGGGAUUGGAUUAGAAGACCUCCAAAGCUGGGAUACGCAAACUGGAAGCCAUUUGUUCUCUAUGUGUAGAGAAAAUAUUAUGUAUUGGCUGAAGAGGGCUGAAUGUCAUCUAUCAACAUAGCUGCAGCAGCUGAACCAGUGCUUUGAAUGAAAAGUUGUUUGGAGAGCCACAAGAUUCCUUGGACCCAUUUGGCGUUGUGUUACAGGACAGAGAGAAAGAGAGAAUGGAGACGCAACCUUCAGCGAGUGAGGGAACUGGAAGAACUGGUUGUUCUGAGAACUGCAGGAAGGUCUGGCCAAGAACUGGGCAGAAGAUCCUGGAGAAGGAAACAAUUGUCCCGUCAGAAGUUCAGUCCUGGAACUUCAGGAGUGUCCGAUACCAGGCUUCUGAGGAUCCCCGAGGACUUUGCAGCCGACUCCAUGACUUUUGUAAUCAAUGGUUCAAAGCAGAAAAGCACACUAAAGCCCAGCUGCUGGACCUGGUUGUUCUGGAGCAGUUCCUGGCUCUUCUGCCCCUGAAGAUGGAGAACUGGGUGCGGGAGUGUGGACCAGAGACCAGCUCUCAGGCAGUGGCCCUGGUGGAAGGCCUUUUCCUGGGCCAGGCGGAGGAGCAGAAGGAGCAGUCCUUCACAAUGGACAUCAGGAAUCCUGAGGGAAGCAGGAAUCCAUCAAACUCCCUUCAGGAGCUGUUUCUGAGGAGCAUUUCUCUGGCAGAUCCAAGUCAGGAUAUUUUGGGAGGGAAGACUCAGUUGGAGUUGUCUGCUCAUUAUGGUGCAGUUGAAACAGUGGUUGAACCUCCAGCUCAAGAGGGUCUUGUGACCUUCAAGGAGGUGGCUGUGUAUUUCUCGGAGGAGGAGUGGUCUGAGCUGGAUCCGGACCAAAAAGCACUCCAUUGGGAAGUCAUGAUGGAAAAUUAUAGGAAUGUAGCCUCGCUGGAGGAUGAAUGGGAGAUGCUGGGUUCCAUCCAUGAAGCACCAGCGCCAUUACCAAAAGAUAAGAUGAAAGAUGCGGAGACAUUUUUGGGAAAUCAAAGUUUUGAGGAAAAACAGUUAAAAGGGGAGCUGGGAAAAUGCUCUGUUUUAGAUAUCAGUGAUUUCUUGGGUAAAGAUGAUCACCCAGAAAAAGCGGCUUGGCCGGAGUGUGGCAAAACCCCUGAAGAUGAAUCAGGAUUAUGUGACUGCUGCAGAAGCCACACCGUAGGGCAACAAAACGAACAUGGGAAAAGUUCCAGAAGGACCUUCUCAGUUACUUUGCGUCAGAGAAUGCAAGGAGAGAAACCGUAUAAAUGCCUGGAGUGUGGAAAAAGCUUCAGGGAUUCGUGUUAUCUGACUUCCCAUAAAAGGAUCCACACAGGAGAAAAACCGUACGAAUGCAAGGAAUGCGGAAAGAACUUCCGUUUUGCGCAGAGCCUCACAUCCCACAAUAAGAUUCACACGGGCGAGAAACCCUACGAAUGCCCCAAGUGUGGGAAGACCUUCAGUCAAAAAUAUCAGUAUACCGUACAUAACCGAAACCACACCGGAGAGAAACCGUAUAAAUGCACGGAUUGCGGGAAACGCUUCACUAAUUCAAGUUGUCUCACUUCCCAUAAAAGGAUUCACACCGGGGAAAAACCGUAUAAGUGCCCGGAGUGCGGAAAAAGUUUCAGAGCUUCAAGUUCUCUUACUGCCCACAAAAUGAUCCACACUGGGGAGAAACCCUAUCAAUGCAAGAACUGCGCGAAGAGUUUCAGACAAAAAUGUCAGUAUAUUGUACAUAACAGAAUCCACACCGGGGAGAAACCGUAUAAAUGCUUGGAGUGUGGGAAAAGUUUCCGUUCGGCAAAACACCUGCCUUCCCAUAAAAGGAUCCACACCGGGGAAAAACCGUUUGCGUGCAAGGAAUGUGGAAAGACCUUUAGUGAGAAACAUCAUUUUACUGAACAUAACCGAAUCCACACUGGGGAGAAACCUUAUAAAUGCGCAGAGUGCGGAAGAUGUUUCACGGUGUCGAGUUCCCUCACUUCCCAUCAAAGGAUCCACACUGGGAAAAAAUCAUACAUCUGUCUGGUGUGUGGAAAGGGAUUUACCCAACAUCAGUCCCUUUAUGAGCAUAGAAAAAUUCACUCAAGGGAAACGCGUAAAAAGAAACAGAGUAGAACGGUAUAAACAAAUUGUCAAAAAUUUUGGACUCUACGGUCCUGAGCUCUAUUUAUUACUGUGGAAAAAUGAAAUCUUAGCGAAUGAAUGGAAGAUAAGACAGAAUCAAGAUUCUGAAGAGAAUGGAGAAUAAAUACAGCUGAAUUCUUGAGCAAUGUUGAGCAUUUGUUAUACAGCGUCUACUCAUCUAGUCUUUCUUAAAACAUACACCUUGGAAUCUUUCGCAUUUUGCAUCUCUCAAUUUAUUGACUGCUAGAAGCACCUAACAUAGUGACGUAACAAUGUCUCCGGCCUUUGAUUUUGCUCUUUUUGUAGCUCUAUUUACAUCUGUUUAGCUCUAUUUACAUCCUAGAUCUUGACAGACACUGGGCCCUAUCUAACAAAAUGAAAUUCAAUGUAGAGAAAAAUAAAGUCUUACACUUACGCAAGAAAAACCAAAAGUACACAUAUAGACUGGGUGAAACCAGGCUUAAUAGCAGUGACUGUGAGAGGGAUCUUGGAGUCUUAGUGGACAACCAGCUAAAUAUGAGCCAGGAGUGUGCAGUGGCCAAAAGCGACAAAAAUAUGAGGCAGCAGUAGGCAGCGGCAAAAAAGCCAAUGCAAUCCUAAACUGCAUUAACACAGGGAUACAAUCAAGAUCAAGUGAGGUACUAAUAUCACUCUAUAAAGCCUUAGUAAGACUACACCUAGAAUACUGCAUCCAGUUAUGGUCCCUAUGUUAUAAAAAAGAUGUUGAGACUCUAGAAAAAGCACAGAGAAGAGCAACCAAGAUGAACGGUUGCAAGAACUGGGCAUGGCUAGUCUAGUGAAGGACCAGGGGAGACAUGAUAGCAGUCUUCUAAUACUUGAGGGGCUGCCACAGAGAGGAGGGAGGUCAAGCUAUUUUCUAAAGCAUCCGAAGGCCAGACAAGGAAUAAUGGAUAGGAAAUAAUCAAGGAGAGAUUCAACCUAGAAGUAAGGAGAAAUUUUCUGACAGAACAGUCAACCAAUGGAACAGAAGUUGCCUUCAGAAAUUGCGGGAGCUUCAUCACUGGAGGCUUUCAAGAAGAGAUUGGACUGCCAUUUGUCAGAAAUGGUGCAAGGCCUCCUGCUUGAGUGGGAGGUUGGACUAGAUGACCUACAAGGUCCCUUCCAACUCUGUUAAUCUGUUAAAUCUCUUUAACAUUAAUUAUCAGGGCUGUCAAAACUUCCAGUUCUCUUUUAAUUAGUCUUCUGGCUUCCUCAUCUCUUGGAAUGACAAAAACCCCAUGCCGGUUUUAAGCCAUGGAUGGGCAAUCUCAGCUUUGCUGUCAUCGUGUAAUUUCCUGAAUAAAGGUCUCUUUUGAUUUUCAUUC